GUGUAAUACGCGGCUGUGGGGAUGUAGAGUGCGCAUGCGAACGCGGAAGUGGUCGACCGAACACAAGGGCUGGUAGUUCAGAGUUUGAGAGGGGUGGACUCCAACCCUCCGUUCCCGCUCGGAGGGUGGGUGGUCAGACGAGGCCAUGGGGAAACUCAACGUCACUUUGCUCCGGUACCUUUCCCGGGACCACUUUCGGGUACUGACUGCGGUGGAAAUGGGCAUGAAGAACCAUGAAAUAGUUCCUUCAAGCUUGAUUGCAUCUAUUGCUAGUUUAAAACAUGGAGGGUGUAACAAAAUUCUGCGAGAAUUAACAAAGCAUAAACUCUUGGCUUAUGAACAAACCAAAACUGUCCAAGGGUAUCGAUUAACUAGCGGAGGAUAUGAUUAUCUUGCUUUGAAAACUCUAUCUUCUCGUCAAGUUAUCUGUUCUGUGGGAAACCAGAUGGGUGUUGGCAAAGAAUCAGAUAUUUAUAUUGUUGCUAACAAAGAAGAGGAACAGCGUGCACUGAAGUUGCAUAGGCUUGGAAGGACGUCAUUUCGAAACUUAAAAAAUAAACGGGAUUACCACAAGCACAGACACAAGAUGUCAUGGCUCUACCUGUCGCGUCUUGCUGCAAUGAAGGAAUUUGCCUAUAUGAAGGCUCUAUAUGAUAGGAAAUUUCCUGUUCCAAAACCCUGUGACUACAAUAGACAUGCAGUAGUAAUGGCACUUGUCAGCGGCUAUCCUUUGUGUCAAGUGCAUCAGCUCAAAGAUCCUCCCUCAUUAUAUAAUGAAUUAAUGGAAUUAAUUGUGAAGCUUGCGAACUAUGGCUUGAUUCAUGGUGACUUCAAUGAGUUCAAUCUCAUGCUGGAUGACGAGGAUCAUGUCACGAUGAUCGAUUUUCCACAGAUGGUGUCAACCUCUCACCCAAAUGCUGAAUGGUACUUUGAUAGAGAUGUGAAAUGUAUUCGUGAUUUCUUCAUGAAACGCUUCAAUUAUGAAAGUGAGCUCUAUCCAACUUUCAAGGAUAUCAGGAAGGAAUGUUCUCUUGAUGUAGAAAUUGCCGCCAGUGGUUACACUAAAGAAAUGCAGGAAGAUGAUGAACUGCUUUGCCCAGCUGGCCUUGAUAGUGAGGGUCAUAAAGCUGAGCUUUCUCCACCUGUACAAGAUGCUGAAGGGAAAAGGGAAUUAUAUUAUGGAACAGAUGAAGAGACAGAAGGAGACGUCACAGACGAAGUAGAAGACCCCUUUGAAGACCAGUUUUCUGGAGACUUGGAGCCAACCAGUGAAGAAGACAGUGCUGAUGAAAGUGAGCAGAGUUUAGAUUUGAAGGAGCUUUGCUCUGCUUUACAACCAGUUGAAGGGCAAAUUAUUGCUGCAGAAGACAGGGCUAAAGCUGUGAGCUCUGUAAUUGAUUUUUCAGAGGAUAAAAAGAAAAUUGAAAAAUCCACCGAAAUGGAAGAUCAAAUAGGUCAAGGAGAAGAUCCUGCUGACAAAGAGAAUGAAGACAAAUGCCCUGAUCUGGUUGACUUGUCAAAAUUAAACAGAGAAUUUAGGCCUUUCAGAGAUAAUGAGGGCAGGUUUCACAUCAGUGACCACAGAACAAGAACUACGAGUGUCACUUCAGUCGGCAGUGCUGGCAGUCGGUCAACAAUUCCUCUGGAUCUGGUAAAACAGAAGAUAAAACGUCAGUUGACUAAACAGCACAAAGCUGCUCUCAGACGGCGAGUGCAGAAAGGAGAAGCAAAUGUUUACACCAAGCAACGUCGGGAACACAUGCACAAUAUCAAGUGUAGUGUAGAUUCAGCUAGCUUCUGGGGCUGACUUUCUGUAGAAAUAUCAUUUCUUCUUGCUUUGCAUCACAUAAGUCAGUGAAAGAGGCGGUUCUUUUAACUGAGCUAUAGCAUUUUGGGGGGGGGGGGUUUCCUUGUAAAUAAGUAUCGUUGAAAGCUGUGUAAGACUAUGUUAAAUUUAAAAAUAUUAAAAGCCAACCUACAGGCUGAAACAGAAGGCCUUAGCAAGUGAUGUGUAAAGUUCUGCACGUACUCAGAGAGACUUUUAACUUCAAAGAAGAGACUCCAUGAGUGUUUUAGAAAGUCUUCUACAUUUUAGAAGUGGUUUGUCACACCACUGUUUGAGGAAUGUAAACACAAAGUCUCUUUGGAGUUGCAGAGAAUGUAAAUCAGUGCAGCCACCAAAGAAAAUAAAGUGUACCUAUUGUAUUCAAAUGUUUUGAUUUCAUCUAUUGCAAAUUGAAUAAAAGAGAACGUUUAGCUGA